GUUAAGCAAGGGAACCAAUAAUGGAGCUUAAUAAGCUCGUUGGAGGUGAAAACAUGCGCCAUGGAUACACCUCAUAUCGUUUUAAUUGCACCACAAUGCAUUUUUAUUAUCAAGUAGACAGCUAGCGAAGUGCAGAGACAUAAACAUGGGCACUCUGGUUGGUUCCUUCCCCCUUUCAAUUGUAUACAGUAAUUCUAAACAUGAACUUCCAACAUCUGCAUUCAAAUUACUCUCCUGUAAUGUAUCCCCCAUCUUCACUAAUACUCGGAAGAUAGAAUUAUCCAGUGAAAGAAAUCAAUGGCAAAGAGUCACGAACAGAGCCUACGACAAAGAUAGGAUGGAGGAAUCUAUGGAUAUAUUUAUGGAGGAGGAUGGAAGCGUCAAAGACAUGGAUGGCUACUUAAAUGCCCUAUCUUUGGAAUACGAUUCCGUCUGGGACACCAAGCCUGCAUGGUGCCAGCCAUGGACAAUUGUUCUUACAGGAGUUCUAGCUGUUAGUGCCACUUGGAUCAUUUUUGAAUCAGUAAUAUGGACCACAGUGGUUGUAUCUUUGGUUGGUGUUUGGUGGUACAUCUUUCUAUACUCAUAUCCACAGGCCUAUGCUGAGAUGAUUGCUGAACGACGAAAGAAAGUUAAAAGUGGCCUUGAAGACACAUACGGAGUGAAGAAAGUUCAGUGACAAAUGAUUUAAUAUUGCUUCCAUAAUGUUAACAUUUUAAAUUGAGAACUUCAUAAGUGAUAUCCAAAGUUUUAAAUUUAUAUCUUCAAAUUUAUUUUUUAGCAAAUAUAAAAGUUCCAUAGCAGCAAAA